UUUUUUACUUAUAAAUAAUUUUAUUAACCGAGAUUCAGAAAAUCAUGAAGCAUGGGAUGAGAAAGUUCUUUGCACUCUAUUUUAACAUCUAAACAAGCCACGGAUAUUUAAUUCUAUUAAAGAACCAUGAAGCAAUCUCCAAAUGCUAAAUAUGUAAUGUACAUACUUAUAUACAUAUAAAGUGUCGUCCCCAAACAAUAUCGUGGAAGGGAGGCGGAACAGUCGAUAAAAAAUUUUGAUUAAUAUCGUGUGUACGUCAUAUCUAAAAUCAAAUGCUUCCAGUGUCAUCAUCAUCGAUUUCCGGCAACCGCGCCCCACUUUCCAUUCAGCGCAAGCGCGCGGAGAAUCGCGUAUCGACGGGCGAAACUCGUAAUUUGUCCGUGUCAAAUCUCGCUGAAACUUGGUUGAACGCCGAUACCGACUCCGGGUCGCGCAGAUUGGAUUCAUUCGAUGUCGCUGCCUGUUAUCUUUCUUCCCGCCGAUUGAUUCCGCGAAACAUCGACGAUACUCUCUCACCGAUUCGACCGGUCUCGAUAUGUAACCGCGAUCGAUCGGCGGCACACGUCAGAGUUUAAAAACGCUAAUAAGAAGAGCCCCGACUGAUGUGCCCCUCUUUAGGGAUUCCGUGCUCGUUCAGGCGGCGGCCGCGGUACGUGUUGGUCGCACUCGAAGUUUCCCUCGAGGCCAGCCGACGACGCGAAGCACGGACCACCUCAGCGUUCGGCUCGUUAGUUUGUUAGUUUCGUCCCGGCAGUCGAGCGAAAUCGAUCCACGGUAACACCGUUCAGUCUCCACGGUGGAGGACCGCUGGACCAGCUAGCCAGUACCGAGAUGAAGCCACCGACAACAUGGAAAACAUUUCCCAUUUCCAUUAUCACCGUUCUCAUAUCGACUCGAUUGUCCUUGGCCGAGAAGAUGCACCCGUUCGUCGUCAGCAACGCAAUAGACCAAGGCGUCGCAAAGGACUACCUCAUAGGACCGUGUUUGGUGACCAGCAACCAGAGCUGCCCCGACAAGGAAGUGACAUUCUUCCUGUACACGAGAAGGAAUCUGGACGCUGGUCAGCAGGUACUAGUCAACGAUACCGGUUCCAAUCUGAAAGAGAUCAACUUCGAAUCGUCGAAUCCUACGAAGAUAGUGGUGCACGGAUAUGACUCUGAUAUGCAGCUGUCCUAUCUGGUCGACGUCCGAAGGGAAUACCUGAAGAGCUACGAUUACAACGUGAUCGCCGUCGACUGGCACCGUUUGGCCACGGCACCCUGUUAUCCCCUCGUAGUGCGUAACGUGCCGCACGUCGGCGACUGUCUCGCGCAGCUGAUCGACAGGCUGCGGGACGUAGGGGCGAAAGAUAUCCACGUGAUCGGUUUCAGCCUGGGCGCACACGUGCCCGCGUUUUCCGCGAACGUAUUACGACCGUACAAGAUAUCCAGAAUCACGGGAUUGGACCCGGCACUACCUCUGUUCGUCACCGUGAAUAAAGAUGAUAAAUUAGACGCCGGGGAUGCCGAGUUCGUCGACGUGUUACACACGAACGCGUUCAUCCAGGGUAAAGUGGAGAUGAGUGGGCAUAUUGAUUUCUAUAUGAACGGCGGGAUCAAUCAGCCAGGGUGCUGGGAAAGGUGGGCACCGUUCGCUUGCGAUCACCACAGAGCCGUGAUGUAUUUCGCCGAGUCGAUCAAUUCGGACGUGGGCUUCUGGGGCUGGCAGUGUGGAGGAUUCGCUUGGUAUCUCCUAGGCCUCUGCCCGCCGAGGUAUCCGGCCGUUCUGGCCGGCGACAAGGUAGACAGGAAGCGAAGGGGUUUCUAUCUGGUGAAAACGAACGGCCAGAGCCCGUACGCGAUGGGAAAUUUUACCGUGAACCAGUUGGACGUGUACACGUAAGCGGGGGAUCGCGUUAACGUCGCGAGAUAAGGCCGCCGCGAUAAAGCGGGGAAUAUACGACUUUUGGAGCUUGCGAACGCGAUCCCGUUUCCCGAUUGCGGGACCAGAGGGAUUACCAUUGGUAGCCGGUUGCGACCGCGUCCUAGCUUCAGCGAAUUGCCGCAACCGUACGUACGUACGUACGUCGCCGCACGAAUUACCUGGCUCGAGAACUUUCGUGUCAAGGUCAGAACGCCUCAAGCUCUCCUACUAAUCGAUAGCCCGUUUAACGCGGAAAAAACUGUGAAAAGCCGGUUGGCUCCGAGUUUGUUUAAAUACCAUGAAACGAACAAAAGUUGUUGCAAUUAUUAUAAUAAUGUAAAUUUUUUGUUAUGUAAUGUUAAUAAUGAAAAUAUUAUAUUUUUAUUUGGAGGAGAAACGUGACGUUGAUGAAUUGGUAAAAUUAUAAAAUUAAAUAUGAUAAGAUUAAUAGACAUCAUUUGAAUCUUCCCGAGUUAAUUAUCUGUAAUAGCAUAUGUACGAAUGCUGAUAUUA